AUGCGCGUAACGGCUGCUUUUUGGCUCGCGGCGGCGACCCUCGCCAGAGCGGCGUACUGGAUGGAAGAUAUUGCCCACCAGGGCAUCUCACCAUACCACCCGGACCCGAACUACCAGGUCUUUCGCAACGUCAAAGACUUUGGCGCAAAGGGCGACGGCCUGACGGACGACACCGCGGCCAUUAACCUGGCCAUCAGCUCGGGCGAGCGGUGCGCGCCGGGGAAGUGCAAGGGCGAGACGACGUCGCCCGCCACCGUCUACUUCCCUCCCGGAACGUAUCUCAUUUCUGGCUCCAUCAUUGAUUACUUUUACACGCAAAUCAUCGGUGACCCUACCGACCGCCCAGUGAUCAAGGCCGCGGCCGAUUUCCCCACCAACACCACCCUCGGCCUCCUCGACGGAAACCAAUACGGCGCGAAUGGCCUCAGCUGGGGAGCCACCAACGUCUUCUUCAGACAGGUCCGCAACCUCAUCUUUGAUACCACGGCCAUCCCUGCCUCUGCUUCUGCCCUGGGAAUCCAUUGGCCCUCGUCGCAGGCUACUUCCAUCACCAACUGUGUGUUCCGCCUCGCCGAGGGCCCAGACAGCAAGCACGUCGGCAUCUUCAUCGAGGACGGCUCCGGUGGCCUCCUCAACGAUCUGGACUUUUACGGAGGACAGUAUGGCGCGAAUUUUGGCAACCAGCAAUUCACUACAAGAGGGCUGCGCUUCUGGAACGCUCAGGUAGCCAUCAACCAACUCUGGGACUGGGGCUGGACGUACAAGAGCAUCUACGUCGAGAAUUGCGGAAUUGGUAUCCGUAUGCAGGAUAACAGCACGUCAUCUGUCACUCUGAUCGACUCGCAGUUCGUCAACACCCAGACCGCGAUCCGCACGAGCCGAGAGCCCGGCGUCACCAUUCCCGCGACGGCCGGCACUCUCGUCAUGGAGAACGUAGCCUUCUCCAAGGUCCGCACCAUCCUCCUCGGACCCAAGAACAACACCAUCAUCGCAGGUACCGCUAGCGCCACCGUCUCCCAGGGCUUCGCCAUGGGCCACAUCUACACACCCUCCGGUCCCACGGACUACACCGGCUCCGAAGCGGGCUACUUCCCCGUCUACCCGGCCCUCCUCGAAUCCUCUUCCGGCAACGGCACGAAAAAGUACUACGAACGCUCCAAGCCGCACUACGAAGACGUCCCCUCAAGCCUCGUCAUCUCGGCCCGCUCCUUCGGCGCCAGGGGCGACGGCGUGACGGACGAUACCGUGGCCCUCAACAACCUCUUCAGCUACGUCGUCGCCAACCCGGCCGCAGGCCUCCUCGCCUUCGUCGACGCGGGAACCUACUUCGUCUCCGACACCGUCUUCAUCCCGCCCGGAGCCCGCAUCGUCGGCGAGGCCCUGGCGUCCAUCAUCAUGGGCGGCGGUGCAAAGUUUCAGCAUAUCAACAAGCCGCACCCGGUCGUGAAAGUUGCUAUCCCGGGCCAGUGCGGGACGAUUGAGUGGUCUGACAUGAUUGUCUCCACGCGCGGGUCCGCACCAGGUGCCAAGGUCAUUGAGUAUAACCUCAACACCGUCGGCGAGCCGUCUGGCAUGUGGGACGUGCAUAUUCGCGUUGGAGGGUUUGCUGGUACGCAGCAGCAGCUGAAGGAAUGUCCUACGACGCCUAAUGCCACCGUCACCGCGGAUACCAUUGACAAGAACUGUAUUGCGGCGUGGAUGAGCAUGCACAUUACCAAGCCGGCUUCUGGACUUUUGCAGGAAAACUGCUGGAUCUGGACGGCUGAUCAUGACCUUGAGGAUCCCGACUACAAACAGGUCACUAUCUACAAUGGUCGCGGUUUGCUGAUCGAGUCGACUGCCGGCAAGAUCUGGCUGUCCGCAUCUGGAGUCGAGCACCACACGCUCUACCAGUACAUGCUCUUCAAGACCAGAGACGUAUACAUGGGCCAGAUUCAAUCCGAGACCCCUUACUACCAACCCAACCCGCCAGCAACGAUUCCGUUCCCCCGCGUAAAGGGCUACCACGACCCAGAUUUCAAAAAAGAGUGCAAGGACGCCGACCCCGCCGGCCCGCCGUGCAAGAUGGCGUGGGGCCUGCGCGUCAUCGGCAGCCGCAACGUCGUCGCCUUUGGUGCGGGACACUACUCCUUCUUCAACAACUACAGCACGGCGUGCUGCCAGAUCGGGGCCGGGGCGAGGUGCCAGCAGCGCAUCGUCGACGUCCGGGACGCGCCAGGCAACUGCACCGCCACGGACAACUUGGACAUCUAUAACCUGCAGAUCGUGGGCACGACGGCCAUGGUGACGCGUUACGGGAAGGAUGUGGCGUUUUACAAGGAUAAUAUCGCUGGGUUCACGGCUGGUAUUGCAUUGUACCAGCACUGA